AUGCAAGAAAUUUUAAUGUGUACAACAGCUGCACCAACAUAUUUUUCACCACAUUCAAUGGUUGCUGAAAAAUCUUUGUAUGUGGAACGUGGUGUACAGGCAAAUAAUCCGACAAUGAUAGCAUAUGUAAAAGCUAUACAGGAUUAUCAACUUCCGAGAGAUAAAAUUGUUGUGCUGUCAGUGGUUACCGGUGACUAUGUACCAGAUGAAUUAGGUCCAAAUCGUAAGAGGAAUUUGUUGUUUUGGUACGACAAUAGUGAGGAAAUAUCAAAAGUCAUUUGGAUGGACCAACGAAUAAUCUCAAUCCACAAAUGUGUGCUCUACUGGACCAUGACAAAUAUCGUCGGUGGCAAGUUUGGUUAG